AUGGCAGAAGCUCAAAAUUCAUCUCUACUGGAAGGAGAAGGUUUGAUAGAGUACUGUUAUCCUGAAUCAAAUGUCUCAUGUGUGAAAAUUUCUCAUAAUGUGGCCGCUAAAACUGCGAUAUAUGUGAUAUUAGGAUUUGCAAUGACCACCACAAUUAUAGGGAAUUCUGUGGUCAUUAUCUCUAUAGCUCAUUUCAAACAACUUCACACACCUACCAACAUUUUGUUGAUGUCUCUUGCUCUGGUGGAUCUACUUGUAGGAAUUACAGUCAUGCCUUUCAGCAUGGUCAGGACUGUGGAUGGCUGCUGGUACUUUGGAAAAGAAUUCUGCUAUUGGCAUUCUAAUUUUGACUUUCUCUUCACUGGUGCAUCGAUCUUUCACCUGAUUUCUAUUGCUGCAGAUCGAUAUCAAGCUGUGUGCUAUCCAUUUCAGUACCCAACAAGAAUAACUCUACCUGUCGCAGGUGUUAUGGCAGCUCUGAAUUGGAUUUUGGCUACAGUGUAUGCUUUCAGCGUUAUUGGUUCAAAGGCAAGUGAAGCACAAUUAGAAGAUUUUAUUGCAUCUGUAGAUUGUUUAGGAACUUGUUUAAUUUUUGUCAAUGCAACAUGUGCAACUAUAUAUGUAUUUAUUUUUUUCAUUUUGCCAAUCUGUGUUAUGGUUGGUCUGUAUGCUCAGAUAUUUUUAAUUUCAGAAAAACAUGCAAGAAAAAUGGAGAGCACAAAACAGGGCAGAACUGACAUGACUUCAACCAAGAUAUCCCAAAAGGUGAAACAUGAGAAAAAAGCAGCAAAAACUCUUGGGAUUGUUGUAGGUGCAUUUGUUUUAUGUUGGUUGCCAUAUUUCAUUACAUCUAUUGUUCAUCCUCUUUACAACUUUACCACUCCUGCUGUGAUUUAUGAACUAUUUGUUUGGUUGUGUUACAUUAAUUCAACACUCAACCCCAUCAUAUAUGGCCUUUUCUAUCCAUGGUUCAGGAAAACACUGUAUCACAUUGUUACACUAAAAAUAUUUGCUCCUAACUCAUGUGACAUAAAGGUUUAUGGAACUUGA